AUGCCGGCGGUUCUGGUGUCCUACUCGUCGUUCAAAUCGCUAGCGUCGCUGCCUUGGCAGUUCGUGGUGCGCGUGUACCGCGGCGGGCUCAACCGACGCAACAUACCCACGCUUGCGUUCAACUUCGCACUCAACUUCUUCCCCGUGUUUCUGUGGCUGACGAUAUUCAAGAACGCGGGCGUGAUCCCCACGCGGCUGCGCCCUCGGAUCCAUAGCCAGCUGGCGUUCCUGGCGGACGUGUUCAUGUUCGGGGACUCCGCGGGUGAGCUCGUGUCACAGUACGGCGCAGACGCGCGGUUCGCGGCGGCGAUGACGUGGCUGACGUCCACGGUGUUCGCGCUCGCGGUGCUCGUGGCCGCACCUGUCUCGGUGUGGUACUACCUAUACUACAAGCGGAGGCUCAAUUACAACGUGAUCGACCCCUACGCGGCGCUUUUCCACCGCAACCAGCCAUUCUCGCCCACGGCGCCGCGCGCCAUCCUGCCGUUCCUCUUCCUCAUCUACACUUUCGUCGGGCUCAACACGGUGCACCUGCUGACCUCGCAGAACGAGGACAACUUCACGAAAAACAAGGACUUGCUGGCUUGGACCUCGUACGUGCUGCUGCACCUGCUCGCCCCUAUCUUUACCGCGGUGUACCUAUAUGUGUUCCACCCUCCAGGCACGCUGAAGGCCUUCUCCCUGGCGAUGGGGCUGCAGAACAUUUGCGGCGUGUUUUCGCAUCUGCUGGUGCCCAUGGCGCCGCCCUGGUUCGUUCACAUGUACGGGAUCAAGGACACAGAACACGUCUCGUAUGAGCAGGAGGGCUUCGCCGCCGGGCUCACCAGGGUCGACUCGCAUCUGGGCACGCACCUGAACUCUAAGGGUUUCCACAAGUCUCCGAUCGUGUUCGGCGCUGUGCCUUCGCUGCACUCUGCCAUAGCCGUGCAGUGCUUUCUGUUUCUGAUCACCCGCGCCACCAGCACCAAGGCCAACUUCGGCAGCGCGAGCCAAGGCCAGAACCGCGACUGUGUGCAGCUGCAGGAGCCGCCCACCAUCGCCGCGUCACAGCUGUCGGCUCCCAAGGAACCAGAGUCUUUCGAGCUCGACUCCGUCACCGACGUCUCCCUGACGCCGUCUGGCGGCUCUGUCACGCCUCCGCCCAACAUGGUUUACGCCACGCCGAUCCCGGAGGCCGCCCUGAACUCGAGGUGGCUGCGGAUCUUCCACAUCGCGUUUUUGCCACGCUUCUUGGGCACCACGUUCCCACUCCUGCAAUGGUGGAGCACCAUGUACCUCGACCACCACUUUCGCUUCGAUCUCUUCGUGGGCAUGUGUUACGCGGUCACCAGCUUUUUGAUCGUGAACCACUACUACCUGCAGCCCCGCGUGCUGAAGAGGUGGUGCAAUCUCCGUAUGGGUGUCGAACCCGACAUUCGGAAGGAGGCCAAAACUAUGGGCAUGCGUGUUUUUGAAAACACCAACGUCGAGUGGUUCUUCGACCCCUUUGCAUAA